AUGAGAUCUACUACCUUCUUCUCUCUUCUGAUUGUCUUCUUCAUUGGAGCUUCCGCUCUUCCCAUUGACGAAGAACGCGGAAAUAGUACCGACACGCCCGAAGUUUUCGUUCAGAAGUUUUUGAAGAGAGCGACUCGAGUUCUCAAUGAUCACGAUUUCUCGUUAGUCUGUGCCUUAUUUGACCAUGGCUUUGAAUUCAACAAAUGCGAUCGAAAGCUUGACUACUAUGAGGUCACACUGACUUUGGCAAAUUGUGAUCCACAAGUUCAAAUUUCUUUCGAACUACAGACAGUGGAAUUUCGAAAAAUGCCUAACUUCCGAGACGAUAAAAUCAAGUUUGUGGUCCUCAUCCAUGGGCUUGGAAAGGAACUGGAGAAUGGCGUUGAAUUGGUUCUCGGAACAUAUUUCCAACAACUUCUUUCGGGAAAGGCACGAAAAUGCAAUGAAAAAGCAAAUUUCGCAAGAAAUGAUAUCAAGGAUCUUCCUUAG